AUGCACCAUCGAACGGUGAGGCAUGCAUCACUAUUGCUGCUAUUAGCCUCGUGUAUACCCGUGCUUACCUUGCCUCCAGACCGAUUCUUGUCUAAGAGCUUACCGGUGCGGCUCUUAAACGAGAGAGCGGUUGCGGAGGCAGCAACUGGCGAUUAUAGGGAAGGGGAUUUUACAACGGAAGCAUAUAAUCGGCUAACUAGUCAUGAGAUAGAUUAUGAAGAGGAAAUAGAGCCUGAGAAGGCGAAGGGGGAUGGUAAGACGGGACCCGUUGACAAAACUGCAAUUGGGGGGCCUGUGGAAUCCUCAUCGGAUGAUACGGACUUGGAGGAACGAUAUCUAUCUUCAUCCGAAUGGGGUCCUAGAACAUGCAAUGGGUGCAUUGGUACUCUGAUAAAGUGGCUUGACGAUCAUCGGGCGGAUUUGGCAAACUUAUCGCCUUGGUCAAAAGCAAAUUUAACGAACUGGGCGAGGGCAUUCACAUACUUCUCUGAGAUUGCAGAUACUGGAGGUUAUGAUACCGGGACUGAAGUUUUGACGGGGUCGAGUUUGCCGUCUUACUAUAGUUACAUUGCACAGGCAAAAGAUACAGAUUUUCAAGGAAUCUCAGGAACCGUAACCUCUACUAGCGUAGGACCUGGGGGCGGUACUGUUAGUUCAGCGUCAAAGUCUAGUGCUACAGGAACGACAAGUGUCAGCGUACCGACAGGCCUCGGUAACUCCAACCUUAUUGGGGGCGGAGGGGUAAGUGGGGGCAGUAUUGGGGGAGGAGGAAUCGAUGGAGGAGGUACAGGGAGUGGGCCAAAUGUGGAUGUCCAGGGUGGCGGAGAAGCUCCGUCUGGGGGCACACUUACUUUGACGGCCGCCAUUGAUACUACCAAUGAGACCACUAAGGCUACUCUAAAUUCUCAAGCCGCUACAGGCACUUCUACAUCUGCAGCAAAUCAACCUGGGACGGAUCUAACCUACCCAGCUGGUGGUAUUCCAACUAAAUUGAUCAAUCCAACCUCGACUACAACAAUCCCUGAAGGGGGCACUCACCCGUUUAGUGUUAGCUACUAUUCAACAGAUGGAACUUUAACUUUAACAGUAAUCUCAACUCUUGAUGAUGACCUGGACUGGCUUACAGGAACGACUGGUACUGCAGGUGGAGCUGUUGAUACCGGCCUAAGUUCUCUCGGUGGCAAUACCAAAUUGCUCACAGGUACUUCAAGCUUUGUAUCUGGGACUAGUACUCUUACGACGGUACUUACCGGACCGGGUUCCGGCGGGACGUCUAUUACUAGGACUGUUACUGUUACUUUCUAUCCUCCAACUUCAUCAAACGGGGUGAACUUCUCCCUCACGAACACAGAUGCCAACCUUAUGACUGGUACUACGGCCGCGACUACAGCCACAGAUACAACCACGCCUAACAGUUCACAAACUAGUGGCACUAGCAUCACCGGUUCUAUAAAAUCACAGGGAAACUUGGCCUCUACGGCCACUGGGACCGGCAUCGGUACUCCCACUUACACUCAAAUUGUUGUACGAAGCAGUGGAACGGUAACCAAGACAGUUACGGAAGAUCCUGGUACUGCUACUAGCACGGCAGCUGACUACCUUAGUUCCCUGUCGAGCAAGGUUAAUCUGGCUAGCUCGGCUCUGAACUCUAUGUCUAGUUUGGUGGAUCUCAUUACUUCGACUACUGGAGAUGUAACUAUCACUAGUGGCACCACAACAGUAUUGGUAACGAACUCAGUUACUUCCUGGACUACACUAAGCCCUCCAGUAACCCCGUCGAGCUCUACACUUUCAACUCCAACAACAUCCCCAACAUUUACUUUAACUACUUCAACUUCGAUAACUUCGAUAACUUCGAUAACUUCGAUAACUUCGAUAACUUCGAUAACUUCGAUAACUUCGAUAACUUCGAUAACUUCGAUAACUUCGAUAUCAACAACAUCGAGUACACCCCCUGAUAGCCUCUCAACAUUGUCUUCAACAUCUAGUCAAACGUCGGCGUCAACGUCGUCUAUUGACACAACCAUGACUAGCGGUGGGCUGACAGGUUCGAUUAAUACCCAAGGAAAUCUGGUAUCUACAUCAAUGGGUACUAUCACACGGGAAACCACAGUUGUUACUUUUAUAGUCCAAACUAUAACGGAUGACUCCACUUAUAGUGAUCCGCUUACAACCUAUGUGGUAACGGAUGAUAUUACCGUUACGAGACUUACAACUUUAACUCGAAGGCCGAGCCAUACGUCAGCUUUUACGACGAAGGAUAUCUUUACUACGGAGGAAAUGGUCACAACUAUCAUUCUGGGGGAUGAUACAAUUACUAGCACCAUAAUGCAAGAGAUUACAAUCCAUGCUUCGACCACUUCUACUACGAGUCGAGGAACUCCUAGUACAAUAAUUGAUCUUGUAACAACUGAUAUAUAUACAACGGCAGUAGAGACAAGGGUUCUGACAGAUGAUUAUACUUUUAUUGAUGGUUCGACGACGUACACCGAAACCGACGACUUUACAAUAUCAAUUCUAACAACCCUGACGAGCGAGCGAACUAUCCAUACUACAGUUCCAAUUUCAGUGACCAAAGAUCUUUUUUUCAUACAAGGCGUAACGAAAGUCGUAACUGACGAUCUAAUAUAUACUGAUGGCUCAACAACUCUAACGAUCACAGAUGAUUUUACUAUCAUCGGCUAUACUACGUCGACGAGUACCCAUUUCCCCACAAAAUCACCGAGUACUCACACUCUACUGGCGACUGUAGAUGAUACUACUCAUAUUGGGUCCCUCAAAGUGGUGACCAGUGAUCUGACUUACACGGAUUCAACUACAACAGAGAUUAUUACGCAAGAUUAUACUAUUAUCGACUAUACCACGUCUACUCAAACUAUUCUCCCGAGUCGAAGUGGGACCAUUGAUACUGAAAUUGUCACACAAAAUUCGUAUACUACAAUGGGGGCAACGAAAAUUGUCUUUACGGAGCUUACGUAUAGUGAUCAGACCACUACGCAUACCUCAACGGCCAUCCUCACCAUUGUUGAUUAUACCACUUUAACAUCUACCCUAUCUCACCCAGGAGCAACGGCAGUAGCUGAAUAUAUUACGACCAUUAAGUCAACGAUUACGGUUACUGAUGACGUUACUGUUAGCAAUCAGUAUACGACAUACACCUUGACAAAUGAUUUAACCGUUACGCAAGAUUAUAAUUCGACAUAUACCUCGGGGGUUACGCCAACGGCCGCUUUGACCGUCUUUGCAGGCCAAACAACUACGAUUGAGCAGGAGAUCGUGGUGACAGAGGAUUUCACAUAUAGUCAAGUAGAUAACACAAUAACUGUCACGAAUCCUUUUACUUUGACACAAUAUAGAACUGCGACGUUGAGCCGUGGGUCAACUGUUUUCCGUCCUGUUACUACGACAGUCCAACAGCAAUUGGUGGUCACGGAUGAUAUUACGUAUAGCGACGAUUACACUACGUUCACAAUCGAGUCCGGCUAUACAAUAACCAACUACCAGACGUCGACGUACACGGUGGCGCACUCUGGAACUAGAGCGAAAAACAUUACAAACCCUGUCACUUUUACGCAGAACGUCGUAAAAUUUGUAACGGAUGAUAUCACCGUGACUUUGGACGAGUUGACAUACACGAUAGCUCAAGAUCUUACUGUCAGCCAGAUAGAAACGUCAACGAGUACUCGUAGCACCUCUGUACAGCCCCCAGCGGUGACUCACACGAAUGAUAUUACGACGACAAUAUCUCGGAUAUCGGUAUUUACUGAUGAUACCACUAUUACGGACAGUAAAACAACGUACACGGUGACGGCGCCUCACACUAUGGUCGUGGUUUCCACAGCCACAUCCCAUCAAUUCGAAACAGUGUCCCCGCCUGCUGCAACCAUUACGCAGGAUAUCACCAAGACGGUCUCACAAACCACGGUUUUGACCGACGAUACAACAAUCACUGGGAGCCAAACAACCUACACCUUUGCUUCUGGACAUACGUUAGUUUUAGUGUCAACCUCUACUAGCCAUAGAACUGAGACGACUCAACCUCCCACGAUAACCUUUGAGCAAGACAGUACCACUACUAUUUCGCAGGUGACCGUCCUCACCGAUGAUACUACUAUUACGGGCAGCCAAACUACCUAUACUCUAACCUCAGGGCAUACUUUGGUAACAUUGCUAACUUCGACCAGCCAUCGGACUGAUUUCAGUCAGCCUCCCCCCACCACGGUCCAGAGUGAUAUCACAACCGUUGUUACACAAACGAGUAUUUUAACAGAUGAUACCACGAUAACUGGUAGCCAGACAACGUACACCUUGACGUCUGGGCAUAUAUUGAUCUUGACAACUACAUCGACUAACCAUUUAACGGAGUCGUUCCAACCGCCGCCAACGACAGUCGAAAGCGACGUUACAACCACCUUAAUACAAACAACCGUUCUCACUGAUGAUACUACUAUAACUGGUAGUAGAACGACAUACACACUAACCUCAGGCCAUACUCUGCUAGUCACAACAACGUCUACCAGCCAUCAAACGGAGUUUACACAGUUAGAGCCAACCAUAAUAGAAAGUGACACAACGACGACUUUGAUUAAGACAACUGUUCUUACAGAUGACAUGACGAUAACAGGAAGCGCGACCACAAUAACUUUCACCUCCGGUCAUACUCUACUAUUAACCUCUACUUCUCAAAAUCAUCAAACAGAGACAAUAAUACCGACAGCGACGGUCACCGAUGAUAGAACAUUCACGAUAUCGCAAACAACAGUUAUUACGGAUGAUACCACGAUAACAGGGAUAUCGACUACAUAUACUCUGACAGAUGAUCAUACAUAUGUAGCGGUGACCACUUCCACGAGCUAUUUGACUCAUUCAACGGACAUAAUAGUUCCUGAACCGGGAACGACCAUUACUAGCUCGCUGGGGCCCCAAACUUUCAUAAUUUCAACGGAUUCCACAACAACUUACUACGGGACUGAAAGUGGCACAACCUAUACAACUGUUAUAUCAGGCACCACAAUCACAGCCACUUCGAUAUCGUCGUCAGUUCCACGGUCUCCUGAUACACCACUAUCAAAUUCUGUGUCGUCUACAACUACCGAAUCAGAGAGUACUACUAGGUAUACAACGCUUCUUUCAACCGAAUUCAUAGUUUCAACGACAAAGAAUAUCAUUACAGAUGGGGUGACAUUGACAACAUCUACGACAUUGACGGAUGAUAUUACGACCACGAAAACCUCAGUUAUAACUUCGAGCCACACAAGUGUGCUUACAAACGGUGUCACAACAACUAUCGAUGUUACGAGCACAAAAUCCUAUGCCACAACAAUAACAGAUGAUAUUACUACAGCGACAACGAUAACCACUGACAAGACAACCACCAGUACCGGUAGGGUAACGGUAAUACACUCUGUUGAGGUCACAAGCGAAGUCGACAUUACGUCUACACAUGCAGUCACCCUGACUCUAACGGAUGAUGAGACAACAUAUACCACAGCUAUCCAAGUUGUUUCCAAGACCGAUACGGAUGCAAUUACCCUCACAUUGACUAACGACGUGUCGACAUACACGACAGUUCUGAAACCCGUCUCCGUCACAGAAACCCAUGAUAUAACUUUAACUCUGACGGAUGAGUAUACUACAUAUACCACUGCCGUGGACACGGACGUAAUUACAGAAACUGACAAACUCACCCUAACCCUUACAAAUUCAAAGACGACGUAUAUAACAGAAGUGGAUUUACCCACUAUAACGCAUACAAGCACCCUUGAUGAGACCACCUACGUGACAAUACACACACCUUUGGAAAUCACAUAUACCGUGAGCGAGGAUCAUAGUACUUACGUCACCGCUAUCACGGAGGAUAUUACUAUUACUCGAACUAAAGACUUCACACAUGUCAUCACGGACGAUGUUACGAUACACACCAGUACUAUCACCGAUUUAGAGACUGUAACAGUUAGCACGGAUGCUACUCGAGUUAUUACUGAGCCACAUACCACCAUAACUGAGAUAUUCACAGAUGUAGAUACUGUCACGCUAACUGAAGAUUCUACUAUUACGGUUACGGAUGAUGAAUAUACGUAUACGACAGUUUUCCACGGAACAACACAAACGCUCCCUGGUCCACAUUGGAGCACUAUAUAUUCUACUGAUGAGGAGGGUACCACAACUAGCACGGUGCUUCAUACGUCGGAGUCGACAUCAUAUAGCACGAAACAUGUCCCGGGAACCAAGCGUAGAUCUAGUAAGAAGCCGACUUCGACUUCGAAAUCUACAUCGAAACCUACGACCUACAGCAAGCCCACCACGUUGGCACCGAUAACAUCACGUAAAACAACACCCACCGCCCGUCCAAUCACCCACCCAACAACGGAGUCGAUCAGCUGGAGCUAUUCGACAUUUAAGACAGGGACCUUCUUCAGCACGGUACACACAACGAGCCAUUUUAAAUCGUUCACCACAGUGCACUUAGCAAGGAAGCCCACGACAUCUCGGAAGAUAUCAUCCCAUAGGACUCGAGGCAAUGCACUUCCGCAGGAAACUGCUGGGGUGCACAAGCUGAUCGAAGGGGAUAAGAAUUCUAGCUUCGUCAAAGUGAAUGAUGGCCAUAGGCCGAUAAGAGAAGGGGACGAUAUGAAGGUAGCUAAAGGGAAUGAGGGAAACAAAUACAACUGGGAGAGCGAACUUCCAAAGCCUAUAACAGAGAAUGGGAAGUCUAAGAACUUGAAAGAAAAUAAAGGGCACAAGUCGACCAAGGUCGAACAGGGUGCCACACAAUUCAAGGAAAACGGCGAACACAAGGCGGGAAUUGGGUCAGAGGGUCAGAGAUUAAACAUUGAAGAUGAGGGAAACAGGUCGAAGAAGGUUUCGGAUGGUCAUAUACCCGUCAUAAAUGGGAAUCAUGGAAACAAAGAGCUCGAGGGGAUGGAAAGAAAAGGCCAGAUUAACGAAAAGGCAAGAAUUGAUGCUACAAAGAGCCAUACGAUGAUGUCACCAAAAUCGCAUGCCCGCCCGAACCCCCAGCUUGAAGAUGAAUUCCUUCAUCAUGGUAAAAAUCUGAAGCAGAAUCUACCCCGACGGAAUCGCCGCUUUCUUCGGACUACCUGGCUUACAGCAACACGAUUAGCGGUCACAGCACCCGAGACCGCUCCAAAACCGGAGACUAGCCCUACACGGGCAGCGUAA